AUGGUGGACGGUUUCAGCAUCGGGGACGCCCUGCGCUUCGAGGUGCACGUCAACGCCAAGGCGCAGCCGCAGGCGUCCACGGGAAGCGUCGCGCGGGUGGGCAUCUCCGCGGGGGGCAGCGGCGCGGCGCUCGCGGGGCGGCGGGUCGGCAUGGACGCCACGUCCUACGCGCCUGGGCGCGUCCUCUCCCUGCAGUUGGAGGACAGCGCCCCCGCCGGGGUGCCAAGCCUGCAGCCCGCUGGCACGGGGCCCUCGGCCCUGCAGGCGCUGAAGGGGCUCGUCGAGGAGGCGAAGAAGGAGCGGCUCAUGGCUUCCAUAGAGGCGAACCUGACCUCGAGCGGUCAGGGCGGCCACAGCCGCUUCAGCGGGGCGGAGCUGAGCGUGCCCGACGACGGGGACGACUGGUAG